AAACACCAAAAAUGUCAAGAACAACAAGAUCCACCGCCAAAAGGCUCACUCGUCUCCAAACCUCAUCCCCAGCACCCAUAGUCUCCCCCACAACCACUCUAGAAACAAAACUCUUCGCUACCACAUCAGCCUUCGAAUCGUACCUCUCAACCAACCACUCCACCAACACAACCGGUCUCUGGCUCAAAAUCGCCAAAAAGAACUCCCCCACCCCCUCAAUAACAUACGACCAAGCCCUCGACACAGCCCUCUGCUACGGCUGGAUCGACGGCCAGCGAAAAUCCCACGAUGAUUCUCACUUUAUCCAGCGCUUCACGCCUCGUCGGAAGGGAAGUCUCUGGUCCCAGCGAAACGUGAACAAAGUCGCGAUUUUAAUCGCCGCUGGCCGCAUGAAACCUGCAGGACAGGCGGAGAUUGAUGCAGCGAAGGAAGAUGGGCGAUGGGAGAGGGCGUAUUCGUCUUCAAGUAACGCCACCGUGCCAGAGGAUUUUCAAAAAGCGCUGGAUGGGAAUGAAGCGGCGGGGGAGUUUUGGACGGGGUUGAAUAGGACGAAGAGAUAUGGUUUUAUACAGAGAUUAGAAACGGCGAAGAAGCCGGAGACGAGAAGGAAGAGGAUAGAGCAAUUUGUUGAGCUGCUCGCUGCUGGAAAGACUGUCUAA